AUGGCUGCCAAGAUGGACGACGAGCAGGCUUUAUUCUCCUGUAUGCAGGAAUUCCGGAGCCGCUUCGUCAGUCAGAGCAACGAGGAGAAAUCCAUCCAGGAGGAGAGGGAUGUGUACAAGGAGUCUCUGAAGGAGCUCUCAGACGUUUGGGCUAGAAAAUACAGAGAAGGCGAGCUGAUGUUUGAGAAGGCUCUGGAGCUCAGAAAAGAUGUGGAUCGGCAGAACAAGCGCAUCGAGGAGAAGCAGGAGGACAUCCUGCGGGAGGUGGCCAAGCUGAAGGACAAUGAGAAGCAGGGUGAAGAUCUGGCUAUGCACAUCCAGACGUUCCGGGAAGAGCUGAACAAGAAGAAGGACUUGGCGCUGGCUAGUAAGAAAGCUAACAAAGAAAAACUGAAGGAACUUCAGAAAUCUGCAGAAUUAUUUAAAGAUCGCCUGGGACUGGAGAUCCGGAAACUUCGUGGUGACAAGCUGCAAUUUGUCUUCCGCUGUAUUAACCCUAAAGACCUGGAGGAGCCAUUCUCCUGCAUCAUUUACUUCAACGAGAAUGGAGAGUAUAAGCUUGAAGGCUGUGAUCCGCCAUUGGAGUGUAUCGCAGAGUACGAGAAGAAAAUCCGGGAGACCAAGAACUUCUCAGCAUUGCUCGCCAACCUGCGCAAAUCCUUUGCCGCACUCUGUGCUCAAGCAAAAUAA